CUCUUGAAGAAAUUUAUCAAGAAAUACUUGUAUAUCAACCUUUUGGAAUGAUUACAUUUUCUACUUUUGGAUUACUCACCUGUAAUAAUACAGGACAAGAAACUAAUAUUACGCUCUUAGAUUUAUUAGUGCAACCUGGAUUUACUAAAGAUAUUGAACUCAAUAUUUCUUUUCUCUUGGAUACUCAAACAAUUGUUGAAUCUCUUGAAGUACCUAUUAAACCAGUUAAUACAACUACAGACUUAGACUUUGACUGA